AUGGAGUUUGAGCGGGCACUUUUUCGUAUUCAUCAGAAGACACUUCUUGUGGAACCACUGCGAAAGUUACGGUUGCGAUGCGAGCGCAUCUUGCCAACCAUCGUGAUCACGCAGGUGCUGCUGCUAGCCGCGCUGCACACGUCCUACGUUGGCCAAUCAAGUUGCCUGCCGGAUGUUCUUCGGCGAGCGGGCCUCUGGAAUGAAACUUCUUCAAAGCCACACCUGCCUGAGGAUGCUUUGCUGUACCUCACGGUAACUCUUGGAGACGGGGUCAAAGGGAUGACCAUUGUCGAAGCUAGCAACCGGUCCAAAGCUGUGCGCCUAGACUCUUCCGAUGUCUUUGUCAGCUACCGUUUUGCUUUGGACCGCGAGAUCGUGCAGAUGCGUAAAACCGUGUUUGAGAAUCACAACUUCGAAGUGCACAACGUUUCACUGACCCAAGCCUGCCUGACGCCUUCCACGGUCUUGGCAGACGCAUUGCACUUCUUCAACGCCUGGGAUGGCUUGGUGAUCAACGAAAUAGCCUACAGCCUGCGGUCACGUGGUUAUCUGGAGAGGAUGGAUGGAGAUGAGGUUGUUGAGGCAUGGGCUUGGACCAAGGAACAAGUUGAGUCCCCAAAUCCUGAGCAAGGGCGCUCCUUGCUGGCCUCACUGCUCCGCAAGCUUCUUAUACUACUCAGCGCCACUUUCUCCUUUGCCUUGAUAUCUGCUGUCACCGGCUUGUUUAUCCGAAUCGCCGUUCACGGCUCUGCCGUGCUGAUGUUUCCCCUUGCGCUUGUGGCCCAGUCGGUGGGCUUGAGCUCCUCGCGGAUGUCAGUCAACAUCCUCUCACGGAGCUUCCCCUGGAUUGGCGUCCAUGUCGACGUUUUGCGCCGAGGUGGUCGUCCAGUCUGGCCCCUGCUUCGCUCGCACAUGGCGUUUUUGCUGGUGCAGUCUUUUGCCUAUUUGAGCUGCAACUUGGCAUGGAGGUUUCUCCUCUACCGCAAGUCCUCCCCGGAGGGCUUUGAAGAGAACAUCUUUAGUUUGUGUUCCUUGCUGGAGCUUUUCAACCUGAUCUUUGUGCGAUCUCCAUCUUCGGCGGCCGUGUACCCGAAGGUUGCAAGUGCCUGCGUUAUCUAUCUCCAUUUCUACAUAUUCUGUUCCCUGUAUCCGUUUCACAGCUUGGCAUUCCUGACUUGCCUUGGAGCCUGCGCAUACGUCAUGGUCUAUUGCCUGAACCAUUUCGAAGAGCCGGCACUUAGGGCGGACCCCUUCAACAACACCACGCCAACGGUGGCUCACCCGCGAGCGCUCUACCUGCCUUUGUUGUCGCCCUCGUGGACGAUUGAAGCAGCGCCGCUAUGGACCAUGUUCUACCCACCUGAACAUGCUUCGACGUUUCCAGAAGAUGCCAUGCGGCACAUACAAAGUGAGGAAUACAACAUGCCGUGA